AUGGGCACAAACACAGACCAGUCCUUCUUCCCUGGCAACAACUGGCUCUACUUCUCUGUGUACCUCUUCACCUUCCUCGUGGGGCUCCCCCUCAACCUCAUGGCCCUUGUCAUCUUCGUGGGCAAGCUGCGGCGCCGCCCGGUGGCUGUGGACGUGCUCUUGCUCAACCUGACCCUCUCAGACCUGCUCCUGCUGCUCUUCCUGCCAUUUCGUAUGGUAGAGGCAACCAAUGGCAUGCAGUGGCCCCUGCCCUUCUUUCUCUGCCCGUUCUCCGGAUUCCUCUUCUUCACCACCAUCUAUCUCACCUCCCUCUUCCUGGCGGCUGUGAGUGUCGAGCGCUUUCUGAGUGUGGCCUACCCUCUAUGGUACAAGACCCGGCCAAGGCCAGGACAGGCAGGUCUGGUCAGCGCAGCCUGCUGGCUCCUGGCUGCCAGCCACUGCAGUGUGGUCUACGUCACCGAAUUAUCUUCAGGCUCUGGCCACAACGUGAGUACCAAUGGGACCUGUUACCUGGAGUUCCAGGAGUACCAGCUGGCCAUUCUCCUGCCUGUCCGACUGGAGAUGGCUGUGGUUCUUUUUGGAGUGCCCCUGCUCAUCACCAGCUACUGCUACAGCCGCCUGGUGUGGAUCCUUAGCAAAGGAGCAAGCCAUUACCGGCAGAGGAGAGUGGCAGGGCUUGUGGCAGCCACACUCCUCAACUUCCUUGUCUGCUUCGGACCCUACAAUGUGUCCCACGUCGUGGGCUAUAUCCAGGGUGAAAGUCCAGGAUGGAGAGGCUAUGUGCUGCUACUCAGCACCCUGAACUCCUGCAUCGAUCCCCUUGUCUAUUACUUCUCAUCAUCUGGGUUCCAAGCCGAGUUUCAGAGGCUGCUGAAGAGGUUGGCAGGGGUCUGGAGCUCUGGCAGGAGGGAGGGUAGUGAGGAAUUAAAGGUCAUGCGGGAAGGCAAGGGGAACCUGCGGGAAUCGUCCAAGGUAGACAACAGGUAG